AACGAAAUGGCGGAUAGGAUUUUGCUUAAUGCCACGAAAGGGAAACCUAAAGCUUUGAGUAUUUGUAACAAAGAACUAAGAAGUGUUCCACCAUUAAUUGGAAAAUUGACGUCUUUAAAAAAUGUGGACUUAAAGAACAAUUUUUUAACAGAUCUUCCUCCAGAAUUUUCCUCGCUUAAACAGGUGACAGCUUGUUUAAAAUGCCCUAAAUGUAAACAUAACAGUUGAAGUAAUUUAAAACAGUUUUGUUUUCUUUUAAGCUGGAAUCUCUUAACUUUGGAAACAACAAGUUUGAAGAUCUUCCACAAGUUCUAUCCUUCCUGUCUGGUUUACAGAGAUUACAUCUCUUCAAUAACCAGUUAAAGAAACUCAACUCUGUGGUUUUAAGUGAGUAAAGGACUUGAGACCAGUGCAAUACAUUCAUCAGCUCCCCCAAGUAGGAUUUUCAGAAUUAAUUUUUAAGGAGUGUAUGAAAGGAAAAGUAAAGAAAGUAGAAGACCGAGUGUAAGGUCAUUUUUUCCUUACUUUCAUUUCUUAGUCUAUUUUGGGACUCUCUAAUGGGUGGUCCACAGAUGGGGUGGGUAAGGGAUAGUCUAUGGACCAGUUUGUGGAGUGGUCCAUGGACCAGCGGGUCUUAAGUACAGGAUACAUUCCACAGGUCAAGUAGCUUGUGCCAGGCUCUCGUUCACCCUCUCUCCCUAGCUUUCACACAUUUUUUUAUGCUUUUUUUCGAUCCGUUGUCUCCACUAUCUUGGAGCCUGGAGCAGGCUAUAGGUCAAGUAGCAUGCUGACUUAAACUCUGAGCUGAAGAAUGUGUGACCUUUAUUUUAGAAUAACCUGCAAUCAGGCAUUAUAAUUUUUUUCUGGGAAAGUGGAAAAAAGAACACUUUAUGCAUUUACUUCACCAGUCAUCUGUCAUCCCUAAUUAAGGCAUCUAUCAACAUUUCAUGUCAGAUUUUUCCACAAAUUCAAGCAGUUAGCAAUAAAAAUUGAUCAGAAUGUAUCAUUCUACUUUCCAGGCAAGCAGUAAAUGCUAAGUUGAUACAGUAGGAAGUCGUUAGCAAAAACAUCACAGAUUUUAAAGACCAAUUUGCACUGCUGUUAUUGUUAAUCUUGCCUUAUCAUUUGCCGUUUUCACACUAGAGACAGAUAAUCUAUCUUCAAAAUCCGUCGAAAUUGACCUAACAACAGAUAGAUAAUGUCAGGCGGAUUGUCUGACAAAAUUAAGACUAUUCCAUUUUCAAAUUGAGACGUAUUAUUUGUCUGACGCGAAUUAUCCAACAGAUAACCCAUCUCAUACAGAUAAUCCAUCUCUAGUGUAAAUACUGUACAGCCAUUGAAAACAAUAUUAAUAGUGGAAGAACAGAAAUGUGUGUUUUACUGGAAGUGAUGUGUACAGUAAAUGUAUCAUGCAUCCCUUUCUCCUUGUCUCUCAUACAAAAAGAAAGAAGGACCGCCUGAACACAGGUUAAUUUUAGAACUGUCAUUCACAGACCCAGUCUAUUGGAAGGUUCUGUGGACUGGGGUAAGUUUUUCAGGAUUAUCAAUUGAUGUUAUACAUGAUAACUGGACAUGAUCUUUUGGAAUUAUAUGAGGUUUGUGCUAAAAGAUGAUUAAAUUUGAUUAUUUCAGUAAUAAAUUUACUUUUUGGCUAGCACUUCAGAGAUCUGGGCUAGUAAACUAAAGUAGCAGCUUGAUUCUUUUUUCAUUUUCGUUUUAUCCUAUAUUUGGUAGAUAACAAGGCUGAAAAAUUCCCUCAUUCUAAUAUUGUGAUCUCUAGGUGGACUUCAGAAGUUAACAUUUCUUAAUCUGAAUGGAAAUCAGCUACAAUCACUACCUAGAGAAAUAAACAGGUACUGAGAGUCAGAGCGAGGUCAUCAUUAUAUUUUGCUUUCUCUGAGUAACAUCAGUGAUCUGUAAUUUCAUCUUUCACUAUUAAAGUAAGAGAACAAUAUUAUCAGUCUGAAGAAAUUGAAUAUUUUCCUCAAGAAGCACCCUCCCCCAAAUUUGAAAUACGUGGUAACUUCUUGAGCUUUGUGUUUGCCUAUCUUUGGCACAAAAUUUUUCAUAAUGAUAUUUUGGUUAUUUUUGGUAAAUUUCAGACUGGUGUCAUUACAGUUUCUCAGUGUGGAUCAUAAUCAACUGCAUAGUGUUCCCACCGAGAUCUGUCAUUUGAUCAAUCUUGCAGAGUUACAUCUUGCUGACAAUCAAAUUUCAAGGUAAAUUUAGACACUCUAGGCAUGUGACAAUAGACGAAGCCAAGUUAUAGUGAUGUAGCCCUCUAAAUUGCAUUUGACUCUGGAAAUGUGCUUUAUGUUUUAAUGAAUUACAGCCUUCCAGAAGAUAUGGCAUUUCUAAGGAAUCUUACAAAGCUCUAUGUGUACAAAAACUUGAUUGAAGAGUUGCCAGAGGUGAGGUGUUACUCAUUACCCAAUUCCAUUCAAUAUCUUUUUUUUAUAGUCAUAGUGGCAUUAAUCUUCUUUCCUGUAUCUCAUGCUGUAUUAUGAGAACCAGUUAGGUAUCUAAUUUCUGGCUAUGCCCCGCAUCUUAUAUCAAUAUACUUUUUUUCUUGUUGUUAGUGCACAUUGGUUUGUGCUUGUAAUGUUUGGAGUUAGACUUAGUUUAAUGUCAGUAUACUGGUACCCCUUCCGGAUACCUAGUUUACAAGUUCCAUUCCUAUCCCUUUUAACUGCUGUUAAUGCACUGACAUUAAAAAAUGAACAAAUCACAAAUCAGAACAUUUUGUCAACUUUUUCACAGCCAUAAAAUGUAUCUGUUUACCUUUUUGAGCCUUUUUACCAACCAAAAUGACAGAUUUUCCUGCCCUUCCAAUAUACUUAAAGAGUAAAAUCCCUACCCUUUCAUAUACUUGAAUCCUGAAAAAGGUACCCAUUUUGGGUGGAGCCUCCCCAUAUAGGCCAUUUUAGAAAGUUUAAAAUUUGCCCUUGUUGGCAUUGCCUUCCCAGUGUGAUCCUAAGAUAAGAUACCUAAGGGUUACCUAAAAUGUAUCUCCUAAAAUUCAAGUGUGUAAAUGCCCAGCUACACAAGAGACAAAUUUUUUGUCUAAACUGGAUUAUUUCUUACAGCAUUGGGAAAGCGAUUUAUUGAAGGUUUGUGGGUUAGUUAGUUUUUGUUCUUCCCUUUUACAGGGUUUGAGCCAGGCUGCGCCAUUGCGCCAAUCUCGCACUGCAAUUGAAAUUGUCCCUUAAAAAAAUGGCCAAGGGGACAAUUUGUCCCCUUCAAAAUUUAGGGGAAAAAACUCGAAAGGAAGCACACACGAAGAGAUUUAUUUCAGUACAGAAGUUUCAAGCUAAAACAGAACAUGGAAAGUAUAUUUUAUCGCACGUUUAAAGGGGCUGUGUCAUGGCAGUCCCGUUCAUUUUGUUUAAUUUUGCCAAUUACUCGCCUUCAAUCGCUGUGGAACUUAAAGUAAGCAGAGAAAUCACAUGUAAAUGACAAAAUCAGAGAUCCGAGACAAACAAAUAUGUCUCCUGAGCAUUAUUUUUGAAGCAGCAGGGAUCAACUUUGAAAAACUGUUAGGCUGCACAGUUUUAAAAAAAUGGUAAUUUCAAUCCGUUUCAAUCUACUUCAGUUUUGCCCAUCCAUGACAUCUUUUGUUUCUGUUAUGUUAUUUUAACCUUCCUUUUAAAGUUUUCAGGGGUUAUUUUAUGUUUCUCUUAAAAUAACAGGCAUUUAUUUUGUAAUUUCCUAAUUUGGCUGAAUUUCGUGACACAGCUCCUUUAAAGUUCAUUCUUAAGUCGCGUUUCAGUCACGCUCUACUGAACACGUACGUCUCAUGCUCAACCAAGCGUGGUGAACGCGCCUGGCAAUCGUUAACAUGUCACAUCGACAACGUGUUCGAACAUUAGGAAGCUUUUUCGCUCCAAAUCAAAGCCAGAGUGAAUCAGAGAAAAAUGAUACAGAAGAAGAACAGUGUAUUAAUCAGGAAGAAACUGAUGAGGAUCGAAGGAAACCGAAAAAAAUUACGAGAUCACACGUGGUUGCGCUAUGAAAAGGAGGCGAUGUUCUGCUAUUUUUGUCAGAAAUCUAAGAAGACAAACCCCUUUGCAUCAGCAGAAGGGUGUACAAAUUUCUGUCCCCCUAAAACUGAAAAUGUCCCCCAAAAUUUUAGACAAGGGGACAAAUUGUCCCCCAGUGAUCAAAUCCUAGCUCAAACCCUGCCUUUUAUAUUGUGUCAUUUUUCAGGUUUGUGCCUUAAAUAGGGUAUUAAUAAUAUUAUUUGAUUGUCUCAUCUUUAAAUUGGAUCUGGGUUUAAGACCCUGGGUGGAGCCUCCCUGUACAAAGAUUUUCCUUGGUAACCCCACCCCCUUCCAAGCACACACUUCAUGAAGUUUAAAACUAAGGGUGAAAACAGAAUGAAGGGAUUAGUGGGCAGUGCUCGACAUUUGUUGGGUUGUGUGGGGAGGGAAAUGCUAUGGGCCUGCAGUAACUGGCUCCAUGUUGUUGUGGCUGCUCAACCAACAACAGGUUCAGCUAUCUGAACAUAGGUAGUAACCUUGAGGUUAUCGGUUCAGUAAAUUCAUUUUGAGAAGUUAUGAUACUUUGUACUCUUUAUUGGUGAAGAUAAAAGUGAACUCAAUGUAGUUUUGUUUAACAGGGCUUGUCAAAAUGCACGCAGCUCAGAGUACUGGAUGUGUCAGCUAACAGAUUGCGGAUAUUUCCAGCUGAGGUGUGGCUUUUCUUUUUGGUUUAGAUUUCAUUCUAUAAACAUUUCUUACUUCAACUUAUUGCUCAAGAAGAUUUAUCAAAGGAGAUUAAUUGUAUUUUGUAUUUACAGUAUAUCAAGAUAUGGGUUAAGAAGUAUAUUAUACAUUUCAAGGCAAUUUACAAUUACCAUUAAUAAAACUCAUUUGAUGCAAUUUUCCAUGGAGCAUGAUCAAAUGCACUUAAAGGUGGACAUGUCCUGUUCAUUCCCCCCCGCCCCCGCCCCCGCCCCCGCCCCGCCCAAAAAAGCAAAAAUGUAUUUUUUAACUGUGUGGUAAUAGAGGAAGAUUAGGGCAGCUCAACUCCCCCUCCCCUCCCCUCCCCCAGUCUUUUCUUUCACUGUUCCACGGCCUGUGAAAUCAGAUUUGAUAUUAAUUUUUGGAACAGGAAAACCUAUGAAAGAAGUAAAGGUCAAAUUACUACCCUUUGUUUUUGAACGUGAUAAUGUAUGAUAAUCAGUUUGGAACAGAAUAAAAUUCAAACCAAGGUAAAAACUAAACCACAAUAUGCACUUUCAAAGUUGUAGAAUGCAUUAAAGAGCUAUUUAUAUAAUCUGCACUUCUCACAGUAUUCCCUCUUAGACUGUUGCUGCUGUAAUGAUGUUUCUAGCAUGAUUUGUGUGUUGUUUCUUUUUUUAUUUCUCCAGCUGGCUCAUCUUCCGCUGAAGGAACUUUACUGUGAGGAAAACAAUCUUCUUCAACACAUACCAGUUCACUCUCAACAAGAAGAUGAAGUAUUAACAUUAAAGGUAAGACUGAGAACACUGUAUCAGAAAUUAAAGCAACUUGACAUGCCAUAUUCAGUUCUGUAGAGUAAUGUGUCGUUAGUUGUCACUGAUGUGGAAAAUAUUUAGUGGGUUAUCUUGUUUUCUUGUUUGAAAAUGAUUCCCAAAGUACUGUUAUUGCUGGUAUUAUAAGCUAUUGUACUGUUUGUAGUGUUUUGUUCAGUUAUCUAACUUUACUUCUUUAACUCUAACCCUUUUACUUACAUGCAUAUUCUUUCUUUAGGAAAUAACCGCAAGAUUUGUUUUAAAAGAACUUCGAGAUGGGUAAGAGCCAUUUACUGUGCCCUCCUCAAAAAUAAAAGAAAACAAUAUGUUUUUAACACUUUCACUCCCAGAAUGUGCCCAGUAAAACAACUGACAAAAUCUAGGUAAGUCAUCUCGUAAAUGUCAUCGGUAAGAGGUGUACUUGAAUGGUCACAUUAAUUUUAAUUCCUUUUACAGACUCAGAAGUUAGAACCACCUUAAAGCUUUCGUCAUUCACUCUGGGCCGGAGUGCAAUGAUUUUUAAAUUUUGAACCCUUUUUACCGUAAAUAAUAAUGAACCUGCAAUAACCAAAAUUUGUUUCCUGAAAUGAACUAAAAUGUUGUUUAAUUCUGUGCUGCAGGCGUUCGUUUGUGAAACGUAGCAUACGUCACUUUCCCAAGGUACAGGAGAUGUUACAGUACGCCAGUGAAUGUGCAGUGUGUGGACAGUCCUUUCUUAAUACAUGGUUAGAGUGUGUACACUUUGUGGACGCCCAUAGAGUAAGUAACGACGGUUUGAUUCGUCCUGAGCCACAAGCUUUUGUAAAAGAUGUAUAGAGCUUAUUUUCUCUUUCAUUUGUCUCGCGUCAAAUUUCCGAUUCAUUUUACCAGCUGUAACAUUUUGAGUGUCACAUGAGAGUCUUGCCACUACCCAAAAUUACUGAGGAAGAAAGAUAAGAAAACCGAGGAGAAGCCGAGUUUUAUAGUCAAAACUCUCCUCUUCUUGCCUGUAAUGCAGGCUCUUGGCUUUGGAGGUUUGACUACAAAAUUAGCAAACGUCCAUGUAUUUGGAUGCCACGUCAAAAACUCUUUCUCGUGAUUCAUUGAGCUUCUCGAACAAUGAAUAAUUGGUGGAGAAAACUCAAAGAAAUCGCAUGUAUGGAUUUGAACCUCGAAAGAUUUGGUUUGAGUGUCGGUUUGAAAGUCCAGGACUUUGACCACCAGAACAAGUGGGCUUGAUCUUCUGAUUUUUAUUGUUGCAGGUCUUACGUACAAAGACGAAGCCAGGAAUAAUUCCAAUCCGAGGACUUCUUUGUUCUUAUAAAUGUUUCAACUCUGAGGGUCAUGACUAUUUUGGCAUCGCCUAUGUUGGAGAUACUUGAUGAGGAUUUUCAUGGAGAUAGAUUCAAAUUCCUUGUCAAGAACUCCAGCCCUUUCUUGAGUGGAAUACAAACGGAAUAGUGGCGCGGAGUGAUUGGUUACCGUUUCCGGUCAUACCAGGUCCACAGCUUUGAUGCUGAGCUUCGAAAAAGAAGAGCCAGUCAUUGCCUUUUUAUUGGCUUAUGUGUGCAGGCGUUCAGUUGACAUAAGUGUUCUUGUGUAUUCGCUGCUUUGAACAUGAAGAAAGUAUGAAGAAAAUGGUGUACACUAUUAAGUCACUUUAUAUCUCUUGCUUGUCAGUGAAGCGAAGACAAACUUGACACUGUUAGUUCUUCGGGGACAAACUCGACAAAUUUAUAUAAUUGAUCUGACAGGUUUGUUGGACCUGUAAGAUCUCUUAACCAACUGCCGAUUGAUUAACGUCACUCAGGGACAAUGUUCAAGAAAUAGAGAAAACUUCUUACUCUCCACGAUUACCAGGAAUUGUUUUAAAAAGACUUUCAUGGAAAGUUUGGCAAGUUUUUUCCCAACUGUAGCAUUUUCGGAAAAAUAGCCCGACGGUUUUUCGACCCGUUGUUUAAUGGCGUUAAAUAUAUUCGUUAAAAAAUUGAACAUUAUGUACUUAGUCGAGGCUUUGUUCUGAAAACUUCUUGUUUCCAAUUAUUUAAGCUGGAUACAGAGACAAAAUGAAUUGUAAACUGUAGGCAUUUGGUAGAAAAUCGGAAAGGCGGUUCCAUCCUUUUAUUUUGCAUGCACAAGUAUUUAACUCGUCGCUAAUAAAGUCUAUUGGGUUGUUUGCUGAGAGGAGGAAGGACUGUUUGAGAAUCUUAGAUAGCAUAGUUGGGCCUAAAUGCUCGAGUGUUCCAGACUC